AUGGGGUUUUAUGUAAAAGCUCAUGUGAAUGUCACCUGCAAUUCCAAUGAUUCCAUGCUGGGUGGACCUCAGAUUCUUCCGGCUGUUGCAAUUGGGCCGGCAUUACUUGCGAUUUGCAAGAUUCUUGAUUUGAGUAGAAAUGAAUUUUCCGGGUCUUUGCCAUUAAGUGUAAACUUGCCUUCAAUCGAGUUUCUAGACAUUUCUGACAACAACUUUAGAGGUCCAAUCGCGUCAGGCUUUUGCAUCAAUUCCACCGGAAUAAAGGUUCUUAACUUAGGGGUGAAUUACUUUGAUGGAGAGAUUCCACCUGAAUUUGGGACUUGUAGUUCUUUGGAACAACUUUCUCUUAAUGAAAAUGAUGUUUCUGGCAUCAUACCAGAAUAUCUAUACAGCUUACCAAAAUUGUCACACUUGAUUUCAGGGAAUAUACCUGAUUACUUUCAUAGAUUUCCGAAUUUAACUUAUUUUGCUGCUUAUUUAAACUAUCUUUAUGGUGAGAUGCCCUCUUCGUUGUUGAACUCUCCCAGCAUUUCUUCGUUGAUCUUGAGAAACAAUUCGCUUUUUGGAUCAAUUGAUCUAAAUUGCUCAGCAAUGAGAAACCUUGAGCUUCUUGACUUGUCCCAUAAUAUGUUUCUUGGGGCCAUUCCCGACAAUCUUCCUUCUUGUAUGGCAUUGAAAUUCAUAUAUUUUGAUGGUAACAACCUCACGGGACAAAUCCCAGAAAGCUUCGAGAAAUUUAGAUCUUUAUCCCUUCUUUCCCUUAUGAGGUGCAACUUGAAGAACCUUUCUGUUUCACUCGACGUUCUCCAACACUGCACGAAUCUUACCACUUUGGUCCUUACGUCAAACUUUCACAACGAAGAAAUGCCAUCCAUUGCCAAUCUACAUUUCAAAGUGCUUGAGAAUCUUUUUCUCCGAAAUUCCAAUCUCAGCGGUAGGAUUCCCGUGUGGUUAAGCGGUUCAACAAAACUCAAGAUUUUGGAUUUGUCAUGUAACCAACUAAAAGGACAGAUUCCACCCUAUUUAGGAGAUUUAUCGUCACUUCUUUACUUGAAUCUGUCAAACAACUUUUUAAGUGCAGGGAUUCCAAAGAGCCUCACUCGAUUACCGUGUCUUCAGAUCCUUGAUAUCUCAUUAUGUGUUCCCAUGGACAUGCCUGCUUUCAAAAGGAGAGGAAUGAGCGGAAGAUUGGUGCCACAAAGUUAUGGCAUUGAACCUCCACGAACAUUAGACCUCAGCAACAACUCUCUCGCGGGACCAAUCUGGCCUGAAUUCGGAGAUCUUACAAACUUACAAGUUUUGAACCUAAACUACAACAAUUUGUCAGGAUAUAUUCCAAGCAAUUUGGCGGGGUUAUCCUCGAUACAGACUCUGGAUUUUUCUCAUAAUAACUUGUCAGGACGGAUUCCUCAUUCUUUAGUGAGGCUCAACUUCUUGUCAGAGUUUAGUGUAGCGUACAAUAGCCUGACGGGAACUAUUCCUUCUGGAGGCCAAUUUUCGACCUUUUCAGACUCCAGCUUCGAAGGAAACCCUGGUUUAUGUGGUGAACUUGUUUUAAAAUGUGACAAACAUCAGGACUUGUUGCAAACUCCAGAACCUGAAAAUAAGGAACACCCUAUCCUUGGUUUGCCUGAAAGGAUUGGGUUUGGAAUCGGUUUUCUGCUUACUUUCAUUGUAUUGCUUGUUGUUCCAGCAGUUAGAGAUUUUCAGAACUAG